CGGAGACCUGAGGCUUGUGACUGGGUGUAGUCAGUCGCCGUAUCCCUAUGUGACCUUGGGCCACUUCUUAGGGCGGGCCUCAGUUUCCCCAUCUGUUAAAUGGAGCCGGCAAAAUUUGGUCCCGUUUUGGAAUAGUGGGUAGGAUAAGAGGGAGGACGUCCAGACUAACACGGGUAGUGGGGUGGUAGCUGGCCAGGCAGGUAACCCCCAGAGAGGCCUCCCCAGGACCUCUUCUUGCUUUCUGGUGCCUGGCGAGCAGAAGCUGAGAAAUCUGGCUUUAGGAGCGGAGAAACGGAGUGGCUAGAAAUGAGGCGGGGAGCAGAAAGGAAACCGGGAGGCUGGAAAAGGGAGAAGCGGGCCAUGGCUAAUUGGUCCCUUGGGGCCACCUCAGGGCCUGCAGGGGUGGUGGGUGCUGACCACGCGCCCCCUCCCCCCCGGCUUUUCCCAGGUCCUCAGCCCUCACUCUCGCCGGCAGAGCAGCACCUGGAAUCGCCGGUGCCCAGUGCCCCGGGGGCCCUGGCGGGAGGCCCCACCCAGGCAGCCCCGGGAGUCCGGGGGGAGGAGGAGCAGUGGGCCCGGGAGAUCGGGGCCCAGCUGCGGCGGAUGGCGGACGACCUCAACGCGCUGUACGAGCGGCGGAGACAAGAGGAGCGGCAGCGACACCGCCCCUCACCCUGGAGGGUCCUGUACAAUCUCAUCAUGGGACUCCUGCCAUUACCCAGGGGCCGCGGAGCCCCGGAGAUGGAGCCCAAUUAGGUGCCUGCACCCGCCCGGUGGACGUCAGGGACUUGGGGGGCAGGACCCUCCCACAUCCUGAUGCCCUGGCCAGCGCGGGGGACUUUUUCUGCACCAUGUAGCAUACUGGACUACCAGCCCUGCCUGUCCCAGGGGCAGGCCCGGGCAGCCACUCCAGCCCCAGCCCCGGCUUAGCCUGGGUGCACUGAUGGAGAUAUGGACUCCUGGGCCCCUGGCUGCGAAGCCAGGGGAGAGAGGGCUGACGGACUCAGCGUCUGAAGGCAGCGGUGACGGAGAGGGUGGGGACAGAGCCGCCCGCCUCUGCCGCCCACCACCAUCUCAGGAAAGGCUGCUGGUGCUGGCUGCCUGUUCCAGCUGCAGGGGUAACACUGGGGGGAGUCUCCCUUCCAGUGCUCCUUCACUUUGGGCCUGGCCUCAGGCCCCUGGUGCUUCCCCCCCUCCUCCUGGGGAGGGGGCCCGUGAAGAGCAAAUGAGCCAAACGUGACCACUAGCCUCCUGGAGCCAGAGAAUGGGGUGGGUCUGAUGGCUGCCCCAGCCCAGCGCCCAGCCGUCUUCCCUGAGCCAGCCGGCGGGUGGUGGGCAUGCCUGCCUCACCUUCAUCUGGGGGUGGCCAGGAGGGGCCCAGACUGUGAAUCCUGUGCUCUGCCCGUGACCACCCCCCCGCCCCCAUCAAUCCCAUUGCAUAGGUUUAGAGAGAGCACGUGUGACCACUGGCAUUCAUUUGGGGGGGUGGGAUAUUUUGGCGGAAACCGCCCCAGCCUUAGUCCCCAGGGCAAAGCGCUGGGGGGAAGACGGGGAGUCAGGGAGGGGGGGAAUUGCAGAAGAGGGAGGAGUCUGGGAGCGGGGAGGGAUGGCCCAGCCUGUAAAAUACUGUAUAUGCGCUGCUGUAGAUACCGGAAUGAAUUUUCUGUACAUGUUUGGUUAAUUUUUUUUGUACAUGAUUUUUGUAUGUUUCCUUUUCAAUAAAAUCAGAUUGGAACAGUG